UGGAAACCUUGAGCAGAUCUUGUGCGGGCACAGACCAACCAAAGAAAAGGCUCAUUGUCCAGGCUACCUGGAGCGGUGCAUAAUUACGUGCACAUGAUGAAAAGAGCUAAGGAGUUUUGAGGAGCGCAGGGUACCAGGUCGCGGGCAGCACUAACGCCCUUCAGCAUCCGUGGGCCGAGUGCGGGACACCCGGGCAGGCCGGCGAUGAGCGGAGCCUCCCCCGGCGCCGGGGGACGGCGGCGGGGCGCGGGAUGCGGGUGAAGGGAGGGCGCAGGAGGUUGCGAGGCCGGGAGGCUGCCUGCGGGGAUGGGGAACGGGAGAGGAGGGAGACCUACCGCAAGCGGGUUACUUGCCCCACAGCCGUCGAGCACCCCCCGGCAUUUGGGGUGGGGCACUGCUCUCAGGGGUCGCCGCGCCGGCAGGGCAGCGCCUGGCAGCUCUGCCACUCGUCCGGAAACUUUGCCGCCCGCCUAUACCCCGCGGUACCCGCCACCUCUCUCGCCCCGUGGCGGCAGGUCGGCGGCCCAUCCCGGCCCCCUCCCUUCGCUGGCGCCCCCCACUCGGCUCUCUCCGACCACUUGGCCGCGCCUUCCUCUUACCUGGGCGAGGGUAAAGUCGACAGCGGCCCGGGGUCCGGCUCCAUCCCAGCGGCGGAGAGGCGACAGGCUCGGAGGGACCAGCCCAGCGGCGGUGACAGCUCCGGAGCUAGGGCUGGAGGAAACUUUGUUGAUUAGUCCAAAAUGUAGCAGCAAGAAGGCCACAACUUUACAGACAGUAAGGACGCCAAGGAGUAAUCUUUUGGAUCAAGUUCAGAGCUUUUUACCAAAGAUGGCCCAUGCAAAUGAUGAAUUGAGAAGAAAAAUGUUAACAGCACCAGCUCAUCAGUUUGAUAUUGAAAAUAUAGACAGCACAACAGAAAAAGUUAUAGAAAUGAAUGUGGCUCUAGUUGAAAUGAGUGAUUCUGAUACAGAUGAAGAGAUUCUAACUUCAGAAGAUGACUGGGAAUCUGAAGAUGACUGUAUAUUUAAUGAAGUGACAACAGACAACAUUAAAUUCCCUAAACAGAAGGGAGAAAAGGGCAAAAUAGAGAUUUUGGACAGCAAAGUGAAUAAGUAAAUCCAUUUCCUUUUACUUCAGAAACAAAACCCCCAAACAAACAACAACAGGGGAAAAAAAACCAACCACACCAAAACCCAAAUUGUGUUUUCUUACUUUGAAGACUUGGCCCUUAAACUUUCCCAGUGUAGCAUCCCUCGAGGAUCAUGUGAAACACUGUAGCUGAGAAGGUGAAAAAUUCAGGAUCCGCUCAUGACUGAAGCAGGCUGGACUUCUGAAGAAUUAAUUACAGUUUUAUUCAGCUAACAACAUGGAAAAUAACUUGAUAGUAGGUUA